GGUGGACGACUGAGGGGCGGAGCCUAGCGGCCAUCGUAUAAAAUAGCGGAGCUGAAGCUUAAACCAGAAUCUGCAAGAAAUCCACUCCAGGCCAGACAUGUGCUUCAUGAUGUGGAAACUCGCGUUGAUUCUUUUCUCUUGUGUCCACGUGCACGUGAUGUCUCAUGAGACUAAAGUGGAGUGUCACGAAUUUGAUGUCACAGAAUUCCAUCCCAGCAAUGGCACCUCUCCAUCCGUCCUGGCAGACUUUGAGGUGGCACAUGUGACAGAGGGAGGAAAGGAUAUGCUGAACAUCAGCUGGGCAGUCAACAUUGAUGUUAGUGUUGAGUAUCUGACGGGAACGCAGAUCUUGACAGGGGAAGCAUCGUACAUCUGUGAAUACAACCCACAUUUGUCCAAGGCAGACAAGACUGGCGCACCACAGUUAUGGUUUCAUUACUUAAUAAGAGGAAGCCCUGGUACCUACCUCAUCCAAGCUACUAAUCUCCCUUUGCCUCCACUGGGGAGCGACUCCUCUUACAAGAGAAAACUAAUUAGGAUACCUUAUCCAACAAAGUCAAGUGUUGCACUGCAGUCUUCUCAUAUUUCUACAGCUACAGCUGUCACUCCAGGCAGGAGCACUGCUUCAUCCUUGAGAAUAGGUCACGUUGCUGUCGCCAUGGUCGGAGGAAUGAUCUGUUUGAUGAUCCUGACAUUCUGCUACAUUAUAUAUAAAUACAGAAACAGAAUUGCCAAACCGUUUGGUUUCCAAAUUUUACCUCAAACUCUCGUGGUUCCGGUCCCUGUCCUGGUGGUUUACCCUGCUGAGAAUGCAGCCUUCCAGCAGGCUGUGGUGGCCCUGACAGAGUUCCUGCAGUGGCACGGUGGCUGCCAAGUGGCUAUCGACAUGUGGCAGCAGGGGAAGAUAGCAGCUCUGGGGCCGAUGCGCUGGCUGGCGGAACAGGCCAAAGCUGCCGACCGAGUGCUCAUCAUCUGCCCUCAGCACUCUCAACAGCCCAGCCACUCUCCUCCUGAUGGCAGUUUCCCACAACCCUCCAUCCCAGCAGCUGCUCAUGACCUUUACCCUCUGACCCUCAACAUGGUGGCCAGCCAUGCAAAAAGCCCCAGUGACCUGGCUAAGUUCUGGGUGGUGCAACUGGGCAAGCAACAGGACAAAAGGCUGUGUAGUGACUUGGCAGUGGAACUUAGGGCGUGCAGGUCCUUCUGUUUGAUGAAGGAUUUGAACAAGCUGUGCAGGAGUCUUCAUACUCAGAGGCAGGGCAACAAGAAGAUGUCCUACCUGAGUUCCCGGGCACAGGUUUCCUACAGUGAAAAGAGCACAGUGAAGUUACAAGAAGCUGUAGAAAAGAUUUUCAGACACAUGGAACCACUGAGAAAUGUGGUCACCUCAGUUUGAACAUUUAAUGAGAAUGAGCAGAUGACUAUAUAAUGAGGGAUGGAAACUCUUCAGUUAUUCUUAUUGUUUUGAAAAAUGCAAUUUACUUUUCAAAGAUAUCUCACUGCAGACCUUUAUGUAUUUAGAUCAUCCAAACCAUUUGACACCAGGAUGUAAUCAGUGGUUUGCACCACUGCAUUUUGUAGUCUGUUUUUUCAUCUAUUUUGUAAUAACAGAAAUGUUUUUCUAGUAGUGUAGAAACCUGCCCUUUUAAUCUGUUUUCAUAUAAAACAGUAAACAGCUUCAAAACUGGUGAACACCAACAAAGACAGAUAUAGGGAACAAAGACAAUUUAGGUCUCCAUUUUUUGUGCGGAAGAGUAUUGAGAAAUGUAUUUGUAGUAAAAAGCUUUAUUAAAGUCAAUACUGUAGAGUCAAUACAUUACUGUAGAUUUAUACAAACUGUUUCUGAAUAGUAAUACUUAAUUUAUUAUGUACUUUAUAAUGAUUUUGUUUACAACGAUAUAUAUAUAAGAUCAUAAACAAUACUAAAAUCUUUUAUGCAUAAUUCAGAAAUGUGACAGUCUGGCAUUAUACAUACUAACAUACUGAAAACAAAUGUAAAAGUUAUAAGUUAAUUUAUUUUAUUUAUAAGUUGCAUCUAUAUACUGUUUGAUUUUUGGAUACCUUGACAAACAUACUUUGAGAAUAAAUGGAAUCCUAUAAGCAUUACACAUAAAACCAAUAUUAAAUUGUUGUGUGAAAACAGUGCUGUAUAAAAAAAGGAUCGUAACCUUGUCCACAUUCACCCUCACGUGUUGUUAACUAGGUAAUGGGACUGUUUUAUUCACUUGUUUUGCCUUCUCUCCCUCUGUUUGACCAGUUGGAUCAUGAAUUCAGUAAAAUAAUCACAUCUGAAAUGAUUCUGUGAGAUAAUGUUAUUGACCUGUACUUCUCCUACAACACGAUUCAUUGUGUUCACUCACAUCUGACAAAUAAAACGUGAA